AUGAAUGCUAUUCGUCAAACCCAAGCGCUCAAUAAACGAGAACUUGAAAAUGCUGUACCACCUGAAGCUUCAUGGCAUGCAGAUUACCGAGACACAGCCUAUAUCUAUAUCGGCGGCCUACCGUUUGAUAUCUCGGAAGGCGACAUCGUGACAAUUUUCUCCCAGUAUGGCGAGCCAGUCCAUGUCAAUUUGAUACGCGACAAAGAAACAGGAAAGAGCCGAGGAUUCGCCUUUUUAAAGUACGAAGAUCAACGCAGCACCGAUUUAGCCGUCGACAAUCUCGGCGGAGCGACUGUGCUAGGACGGAUACUGCGUGUGGACCAUGCGAGAUACAAGAAACGUGACGACGAGGAAGAGGGGGGCAAUGUCGCGAAAUUGAUGGGCGAGACCGUUGACCGUGGCUCGAGAAAUGAUGAUACGGACGACGAAAGGGAGAGAAGAAAAGAGAGGCGACCGAGAAAUGAUGAGCCGCGGAGCAGACCCUUGCUCAAGGAAGAGAAAGAGCUUCAGGAAUUGAUGGCCACUCACGACGAGGAGGACCCGAUGAAGGAGUAUCUGAUCGAAGAGAAGAAGGAAGAAGUCGCGCGCGCGCUGGAACGCUUAGAAAAAAACUCGAGCCGGGAGAGAUCAAGCCGACAUCACCGCCACCGUCAUCACCAUCACCGACACGAUGAGGAUCGUUCUCGUUCUCGAGAGCGCAGGCAUCGGCGCGACCGGUCCCCUUCAAGAGAGGAACGGUCCUAUAGAGACAGACCCUCUUCUAUAAAAGAGAAAUCCUACAAAGACAGAUCACCAGUGCGGUCGCGAUCACCGGAUUCGAGGAGACAUCGUGAUAGAGAAAGCCGUCGUCGAUGA